GGAAUAUGCAUGGAUAAAUUGCCUCUAAGGAGACCAAUUUUCACUUAAACAAGUGACUCAAAAUAGAACUCCAAAUAUAUUUUAUCCAUGCAUUUAAUACUCCUUUGAACUCUUAAUAAAUAUUCCCUAAUUAUUAUAAUCUAAAGAUAGAAUAAGUUAUGUCACUUGCCACACCUUGGUCAUACCUAAAUGCAUUAUUAAUGCAAAUUGCAAAAUGAACAGUUACACACUUUUAAGAAAAUUCCUUACACAAGCAUGUCUCUAUAAAACCCAAACCACUCCUUAAAACUCCCACCCAACAAAAACAAUCUCAAAUAACAACCUAAUGAAAAUGGGACUUCUUCAAUGUCCCUUAUCUUGCUACUCACAAAACCAACAACAACAAACACAAUCUCACUCACAUGAUCAUCACCUUAAUUCAGAAUCAUCAACCUCUUCUUCUUUGUCUUCACAACCAAGUCUACCUUCUGUUCCUUCUCUCACCUCACAACCUUCUCAACAAUCUCACUCACAUGAUCAUCACCUUAAUUCAGAAUCAUCAACCUCUUCUUCUCUGUCUUCACAACCAAGUCUACCUUCUGUUCCUUCUCUCACCUCACAACCUUCUCAACAAUCUCAAACCACACAUCACCAACUUCUAACAACCAUCAAAGGCCACAAUUCUCCUAUCUUCUCCCUAACUCUUCACUCCAAAUUCCUCUAUAGUGCAUCUUCCAAUAGUGAAAUAAGAAGGUUUAACAAAGACCCUUUUGCCCUUGAAGCCUCAAACAACACCAACAACAAAUUAGUUGCCAUAAGUAACAAAUCAACCAUAAAAUCAAUUAUCAUUCUCAAUGAUAUGCUGUUUAGUGCUCAUCAAGAUCACAAAAUCCGAGUUUGGAAAAUCGAAACAAAAACAAAAAAUAGUACUACCAAUGAUCAAGAUCCUCAAAGCCUAUUCAAAUGCAUAGCAACACUUCCAACUUUCAACGACCGAUUUUCGAAGAUUUUUUCGUCUAAGAAUUAUGUUGAAGUUAGAAGACAUAAAAAGUGUACAUGGGUUAAUCAUAUUGACACUGUUUCUUCUCUUGCUGUUUCAAAAGAUGAGUCUUUAAUUUACUCUGCUUCAUGGGACAGAACAUUCAAAAUUUGGAGAGUUUCUGAUUUCAAGUGUUUGGAGUCAGUGAAAAAUGCACAUGAAGAUGCUAUCAAUUCAAUUGUUGUUUCUUCUGAUGGGGUGGUUUAUACAGGUUCAGCUGAUAAAAAGAUCAAAAUUUGGAAGAAAAAUCAUAAUCAUAAUGAAAUUGAAAAAAGUGAAAAAAAGCACUUUUUGAUUGGAACAUUGGAGAAACAUAGAUCAGCUGUGAAUGCUUUAGCACUUAACAAAAAUGGGUCAAUUUUAUAUUCAGGUGCUUGUGACAGAUCAAUUUUGGUUUGGGAAAAAAGUGAUGAUGAAAAAAUGGUACUUGUUGGUGCACUUAGAGGGCAUACAAAGGCUAUAUUGUGUUUGGUUGUGAAUGAUGAUUUGGUGUGUAGUGGUUCAGCUGAUAAUAGUGUUAGGAUAUGGAGAAGAGGAAUUGAUGAAAAAAAUUAUAGUUGUUUGGGUGUUUUGCAAGGUCAUAGAAAACCUGUUAAGUGUUUGGCUAUGGCAGCAAAUGAUUCUAAAAGUAAGAGUGAUGAUGAUAAUUGUAAUUCUUAUCUUGUUUAUAGUGGUAGUCUUGAUUGUGAUAUUAAAGUUUGGAAAAUACAAGUUCCUUUGUUUUGAUUCCAUUCAUUAGUAAUUUUUUUUUUUCUUUCAGUUUGUAUGUAGAACUAAUGAGAAUUUCAUUUUUGUCCUGUUUUUACUUCUAAUAGAUUUUGUUUUGUGUAUUAGAAAAGAGGGUAAUACUUGUAAUAGAUUUCACUAGUAACAUUUUUACUUGGAAAUGGACUAGUGACAUUGAUUCUAAAUAUUGUGAGAAGAUGUCGUUGAUUUAAUCACAAUUGUAGUUGUCAUAUUGUGACAA